GCAACUUCAAUCACCCCGAGCCCACCAGCGGCCAACCCCAUCAAGCAAACCAGCCAUUCAGUAAUUUCGGUCAUGACGUCAUCUUCAUCUCCAGCGGUCAUACUGGUCACCGGUGGUAGUGGUUUAGUUGGCUCUGCUCUGAAACAUGUUAUCGAUACUGAGCCGAUUGGAUCGCGGUUUGGGAGAAGAACGAAGGAGGAGAAGUGGGUUUUCUUAUCCGGAUCCAAGGAUGGAGAUUUGAGAGAACUCGAUCAAACCCUCAAAGUUUUCGAAAAAUACAAGCCGACGCACGUCAUACAUCUAGCGGCUCUCGUCGGUGGCCUAUUCGCUAAUAUGAAGCAUAAUGCUACCUUCUUGCGUGAUAAUAUGAAGAUUAACGAGAACGUCUUGUGGUCUUCCAAAGUACAUAACUGUCAAAAAGUGAUUUCAUGUUUGUCAACAUGCGUUUUCCCAGAUAAAGUGACUUAUCCGAUCGAUGAAAGCAUGGUGCAUGAUGGGCCACCUCACUUGAGCAAUUUCGGCUAUGCGCAUGCCAAACGGAUGGUCGAUGUUCAGAAUCACGCUUAUCAUUCUGAGUUUGGUUGUAACUUUACCAGCGCAAUUCCAACAAAUAUAUUUGGUCCACACGAUAAUUACGACUUGGAGAAUUCUCACGUGAUCCCGGGAUUAGUACAUAAAUGUAUUUUAGCCAAAAAAAAUAAAACUCCAUUUGUUGUAGCCGGCAGUGGAAAGCCACUUCGACAAUUUGUAUAUUCGUCUGAUUUAGCUAAAUUGUUUGUUUGGCAACUUUGGGAAUACGAGGAGAUUGCGCCGAUCAUCCUCUCCGUCGGAGAAGAAGACGAAGUGUCAAUAAAGCAGGUUGCGGAUGCCAUUGUCAAAGCAGUGGAAUUUGAAGGAGACUAUUCGUUCGAUACAACGAAAGCAGAUGGCCAAUAUAAGAAAACCGCAAGCAAUUCAAAACUGAAGCGAUUAUUGCCCGAUUUCAAGUUCACACCUUUUGAAACUGCUCUCGAAGAAUCAGUAAAGUGGUUUGUUGAAAAUUACGAAUCUGCUCGAACUGGCCCAAAACAUUCGCAAAACCCAUGAGUAGUAACAGCCUCUUAUCCCAAUUUUCCACUCCAUCCUUUAUAUACUUCGAAUCGAUCUAGCUUUUCAUCUCUUUUCAUUUAGUUAUUCAUUCCACUUUUGCAUGUUUUUGCUGUCUAUUUUAUUAGCGUUUAGAAUUUGUGGACAUGUAUAUGUGAAUGAAACAGACCACAGCUCAAAUGUAAGUUUUUUUUUGAUUCAGAAUAUACUCGGUUACAGCUAUGUACUAAAACAAAUGAUAAUAAAAUAAGUAUCAAGUAGAUAGAUUCAAGAAAAUAAAUUGAGAUCAAGUAGGA